AGCCACUUGCACCACUCCACUCCGCCGUUGUGCAAGGAAGUGGGAUGCCUGUGGAUUAGCCAGAUAAUCCAAACCGCCUUGCACUUGACAAUUCCAAGUUGGCCUCCCAGCCGAUGAUGGACUAAAGCCAAGACUUGUACAUGGAAACAAUUCCCUAACAUCGCCGCUCUCGCAUAGACGGUACGUAACACAUUUGUUAGCCACCAUGGAGGCAGCAUCUGCCCGAUAUGCGGCCAGGGACCGCUGGAGUGAGAUGGGCGGUUUCCAGACACCGUCACAACUGCAGCGCUUCAUCCAGACGGCCUGCAGCCCCGAGAACUACGAGCCCAACCUCGCCCUCAACCUCGAGAUUUCCGAUCUGAUCAACAGCAAGAAGGGCAGCGCGCCUCGAGAAGCCGCCGUCGCGAUUGUCGGAUAUAUUAACCACCGCAACACGAAUGUCGCCCUACUCGCCCUUAACCUCCUCGACAUCUGCGUCAAGAACUGCGGAUACCCCUUCCACUUACAGAUCAGCACCAAGGAGUUCCUCAACGAAUUGGUCCGAAGAUUCCCAGAACGACCGCCCAUCCGCGCGACGAGAGUACAGACCAAAAUCCUCGAGGCUAUUGAAGAAUGGAGAAGCACAAUAUGCGAGACAAGCAGGUACAAGGAGGACCUGGGCUUCAUUCGCGACAUGCACCGUCUGCUAAGCUACAAGGGUUACACAUUUCCCGAGGUGCGACGCGACGAUGCCGCCGUUCUCAACCCCAGCGACAACCUGAAAUCGGCUGAAGAGAUGGAGGAGGAAGAGCGGGAAGCACAAUCAGCGAAACUACAAGAACUCAUCCGUCGCGGUGCCCCUGAGGAUUUGCAAGAGGCCAACCGUCUUAUGAAGAUCAUGGCAGGUUAUGACACGCGAAGUAAGACGGACUAUCGCGCAAAGGCUGCCGAGGAGGUGGGCAAGAUCCAGGCCAAGGCCCGUCUACUAGAAGAGAGGUUAGAGGGGUUUAAGCCAGGCGACAAAAUGACCGAAGGAGAUGUCUUCGAAGAGCUCGCCUCGGCUCUCUCCAGCGCCCAACCAAAAAUCCAGAAGAUGUGUGAGGAGGAAUCGGACGAUCACGAAGCUGUUGCAAAACUACUUGAGAUCAACGACAGUAUACAUCGCACAGUAGAGCGGUGGAAGCUCCUCAAGAAGGGCGACAUCGAGGGCGCGGCCAAGAUCGCCAAGGGUGGUCACAUACCACAGUCUUCAGCUCCCGGAAAGGCUAGUUCGGCUGCGGACGAGCUCUCUCUGAUCGACUUUGAUGCCGAUGUAGGCGCAAACGGUAAUGGUACAAGCAAUGACGCCGGAAGCUCACAAGUUGGCGGAGUUGAGAAUGACCUACUGGGACUUUCCCUAGGGGACAGUGACGGCAGUUUUGGUCAAGGAGGCGGUAUUUCACUGGGAUUCGGAGCAAAUACUAAUAUACCCGGACCCGCUCUCCUAUCCUCUAUUACCCAAACAUCCACCGCAACAGGCGCGGCUUCCUCUUCCACGCCGCCGCCACCAUUCUCGUCGUUCUCUGGAUUUAACUCUGCGCCUUCAACAUCCCAAAACAGCACACCUCGACCUACAUCACUUUCAGCCUUUCCUCAACCAGCCUCUAAACCUGCGACACCAGCCAACGACCCCUUUGCCGCUUUGGCGUCCCCGAUGUUUGGUUCCAAGCCAACACCAAACCCGCCAGUUCCUGCUCCAGCUGCAGCCAACGAUGAUGACGAGUGGUCAUUUUCGUCUGCACUACCCCCAGAACCCUCGCUUCCUAAGCAACAUAACGCCAGGAUCCAGGACGGUCAACUGCAGGUUGAUCUUGCCGCUACGAGGUCUCCUCAAGCACCCGCUGCAUUGGCCUUGUCCUUUGCGUUUUCAAACAAUAGCCCCCAGCCCAUUAGCGAGUUGCACUUUCAACUAGCGGUGACCAAGGGUUAUGAACUUCAACUUCAACCCCAAACUGGCCGCGAUUUGCUGCCAAACGAGAAAUAUGGUGUGACGCAAGCGAUUCAGGUGUGGCACUCCGGCGACAAGUCGAGGAAGGUGGAAAAUGUUAAGUUGCGUUGGCGUAUGAGCUAUAAAAUUGGAGGAAUAGCUCAAACUGAGAUGGGUGAUGUAGCUGAAUUUGGAGUUGCUUGAUAGGAGUAGAAAUAAGGGGUUGUCUAGAACUAGCACUGGAGUCCUUUGACAGUUUGGCCAAAGGCUCAGAGAGGCGCUGCUGCUUGAAUCAAUGAGGUGUUCAAGUGUUGAAAUCGGCCUUAUUCUUUUGAGUCGAUGGGGAUAUUAGUGACGUGGUGCUUGGUCGCAAAAGACGAAAACUCAAGGUCUUUGAGUUAAAUUAUCUUAUAGCAGAUAGGAGUUCUCAUAACAUGAACCUCGGACUAUCGUUUAGUUGCGGACUUGAUUUGCGACGUCCACUUCACGGUUCCCACGACAGAUGGCCAAUGGUUGCCCGACUUUCCCACUACAAGCAUCUCGCUCUAAACAGUGUCAUGGCUUAUAAAGUUGAAGUCCCUGUCCUUUUCGUCGGUGAGACUUCUCGCCCUGUUCGAUAGAAGUCUUGCAAAAACUGGCGGCUGACUAGCAGAC